GAACCCUCCUUUUACCAAAACGCCCACAAAACCGAGACUCCCGGGAUGACAGAAGUCUUAGUGCCCACGAAAGAUACAGAGAACAAAAACCUGGUGCAGUACUAUACCCAGAAAAUCCAGGAUGUUGAGGCUGCAAUAAUUCGGAGAACACACAAUCUUCGGCGUCUAGAGGCUCAGCGGAAUGAGCUUAAUGCAAAAGUUCGCCUGUUGCGCGAAGAAAUCCAAUUGCUACAGGAACCUGGAAGCUAUGUGGGUGAAGUUGUGAAGAUGAUGGGUAAAAACAAAGUCCUCGUGAAAGUCCAUCCGGAGGGAAAGUACGUCGUUGACAUUGCUCCCGACGUUGACGUUCGUGAGAUAAAGCCUAAUAUGCGCGUCGCGUUGCGUAACGACUCGUACCAAUUGAUUAAGGUCUUGCCCAACAAGGUGGACCCUCUUGUCUCUCUCAUGAUGGUGGAAAAAAUUCCCGACUCUACAUAUUCUAUGGUUGGUGGUUUGGAGAAGCAGAUUAAGGAGAUCAAGGAAGUCAUCGAGCUGCCUGUCAAACACCCUGAGCUGUUCGAGAGUUUGGGUAUUCCACAGCCUAAGGGUGUCCUGCUCUACGGUCCUCCUGGCACCGGAAAAACGUUGCUGGCUCGUGCCGUCGCUCACCACACCGAUUGUAAAUUCAUCCGGGUAAGCGGUUCAGAGCUUGUUCAAAAAUAUAUUGGUGAGGGUAGCCGAAUGGUGCGUGAAUUGUUCGUGAUGGCUCGUGAACACGCUCCCUCUAUUAUUUUCAUGGACGAAAUUGACUCCAUCGGCUCCUCUCGUUCAGAAUCCGGCAGUGGUAACGGUGACAGCGAAGUCCAGCGUACCAUGCUCGAACUCCUCAACCAACUUGAUGGUUUCGAACCAACGAAAAACAUUAAGGUUAUUAUGGCAUCCAACCGUAUCGAUAUUCUCGACCCCGCUCUCCUUCGUCCUGGCCGCAUUGACCGCAAGAUUGAGUUCCCCCCACCGUCCGCCGAAGCUCGUGCCGAGAUUCUGCGCAUUCACUCUCGCUCCAUGAACCUUACUCGGGGUGUCGACUUGAAAAGCAUUGCCGACAAGAUGGAAGGUGCCAGUGGUGCCGAGCUGAAGGGUGUUUGCACGGAGGCCGGUAUGUUCGCCCUUCGUGAACGCCGUGUGCACGUUACCCAAGACGACUUUGAGCUCGCCGUUGCCAAGAUUCUCAACAAGGGCAACUCGAGUGAAAUGAGUUUGCAAAAGCUGUUUAAGUAGUUUAAUGAUGUGUCAAUAAGAACGUUACGACAAGCAAGCAACGAACAACAGAAAGAACAGACAGUGAUACUUUAAUAGACCUAUUUACGACAACUGAGCAAAGAACUGCUAGAAGAGAGAACCAACUUACAACCAGAACAACCAGAGAGGAG